GGAAAAGUAGCCCUGGUCACCGGGUCGAGCUCGGGUAUAGGUGCCGCUACAGCCGUACAGUUUGCCAAAGCGGGCGCAGAUGUUGUGGUGACCGGACUGUACGCCGACAACGACUUAUCAUCGGUAGCCAACCGGUGCCGAAGUCUGGGCGUAAAAGUGCUGGAAAUGGCCGCAGAUGUCACCCGAGAGGCAGACAUGCGAGCACUGGUGGCCAUGACUGUCGACACAUUUGGCAAAAUAGAUAUACUGGUCAACUGUGCCGGUACUAGUAAACGGACCGCCAUUACUGAGCCCUUAUAUAUGGAUGCCUUUCGAAAACUAAGGCAAACAAACUUGGAUUCGUACGUAUUUAUGACCCACACAUGUGUGGAGCACUUGGAAAAGAGCCAGGGUACUAUUGUCAAUAUAUCCAGUAUUAGAAGUACCCAAGCGGGCCCUAAGGAUUCAGUGUAUUGCAUGUCAAAAGUAGCGACCGAUAUGUUCACUAAAUGUAUGGCUGUUGAGUUGGGACCCAAACGGAUCCGGGUUAAUAGCGUUAACCCUGGUGCAAUCCCUACUAAUUUUAUGAAGGAGUUAAGGGUAGAUGUUAACAGACUAAUCGUAGGUAUGCCUAAAGUAUUGCCGGCGGGAAAGUGCGGUACACCCGACGACAUCGCGUCAGCCGUACUCUAUUUGGCAGCACCGGAGGCGGCGUUUAUAACCGGUACUAAUUUGGUGGUCGAUGGCGGGCAUACUGUCGCCGGCAUUCCCUUCAGUUAUGAUCAAAAGCAUUAUAUUGGUCAAACCCCAAUACUGACCGUGGGCGACCCUGAGCUAAUCAAGAGCAUCCUGGUGAAAGAUUUUCACAUAUUCUCCGAUCGCUCAAACCCCAGAAAAGCAAACGAUUUCAUAAACAGAAGUAAUUUGUUUCGUUUGACUGGCGAUGACUGGAAACGGGUCCGGAGUAUAGUGUCGCCAACUUUCAGUUCCGGCAAAAUGCGCAAAAUGUACCCAAAAAUCCGGGAAUGUGUCGGCGAUCUGAUGAACCACUUGGAAAGCCUGACACUCACUAAUAGGGAAAUGGAUGCGAAACUAAUCUUUGGUAGCUAUACCAUGGAUGCGAUAGCUACCUGUGCGUUCGCUAUUAAGACUAAUAUAUAUGGCAACCCUGAUAAUCCGUUUUUGACAAAUGCUGUCCACACCUUUGAGCCUAAUAUCGUGCAAGAGUUGGCAACACUACUACUGCCCACAACUGUCAUGAAAUGGUUGCAGAAGUUUAUGAAGAAAAAUACGACCAUUUUCUUCGUGAAAGCUAUUCAAGAGGUGAUCCGAAAACGA